AUGUCGUCAAGUCGAAUCCUGGACUUAGUAAAGACCCAAUGCCGCAUAUUUUCCCUUAAUUUCAAUCCGCAGCGUCUUCGACUGGGUAACAAGAUUCUGAGACAGCGUCUACGGGGCCCGGCACUUGCAGCCUGGUAUCCUAAGAAGACUGUCUCUUUCCGCGAUUUACAAAACACCUAUAAACCUCUUGGAUUGACGACAUUUGACGAAGCCGAAGAUGAUAGAGAAGAGGCUAUUCAGAUUGCCAAAUUGCGAGGGAAGGGCCGACCCAAGAAGAAACGAACAGCUGCAGAAUCGAGGUCCGCAAAGAAGAAGAAAUAG